GAUGUCAGCAUCCUACUGUCCUUAUUCUCUCGGAAGGAUCCACAAGCGGGGCUGAAAAAAUGUCAUGUCCCAAUAGUAACUUCCUGAUGGAUUCCUUGAUGGGCGGAUCGUCAUCGUACCGGAGUGACGCGUACUCCGCAGGGCCCGGGAUGUUCAUCCACGCCGCCCAGGACUACGGCUACUCCGGUGCGGGGAAAAGCACACUGCACGCCAAGACGGCCCCGUCCAAAGCGGCGGAAGAACUCCCCGCCGGUGAUCUCCCGCUCGGCAGUUUCCACGACGGCCCCUACCUGCCUUCCCAGCUGGCCGCAUGGAGCCCUCAUGGCUCCAAGUCCGGGGGGGAUUCGCAACCUGUUGCCCCGUGUUUACAAGCAUGCGACGUCAAAGAGGAGGCGUUUUGUGGCCGCUAUCCGGAUGACAACAAUCAGUGCAAGGACACAACAGAGCCGGCCGUCUACAUCCGGCUGGGGGACAAUAGCGGCCCCCAGGCGAGCGGUUCCUUCCAGGUGUACGAAGCCGAGAAGCGGCUUCACCCGCCCUCCGGCUUCUCGCUCGCCCGCUUGGCCGCGGCCGAACAGAGCUCGGGCAGCCAAGCGAGCCAGGUGGAUGACGAGGGUCCGAACAGGAAACAGAAGGCCAAGAGUGACAGCUGCUCGGAUGACUCGGAUGGCGAAAUCAAAGAUUCCACCGAAAAGACAACCGGAAACUGGCUGAAGGCCAAAAGCGGCCGGAAGAAGCGCUGCCCUUACACCAAGCACCAGACGCUGGAGCUGGAGAAAGAGUUCUUGUUCAACAUGUAUCUGUCUCGCGAGCGCCGCCUGGAGAUCAGCCGGAGUAUCAACCUGACCGACAGACAGGUCAAGAUCUGGUUCCAGAACAGACGCAUGAAGCUCAAGAAGCUCAGCAGGGAGAACCGCCAUAGGGAGAAUGGCGCCGUAUAUCACUACGUCUAA